AACCAUCACCAGGCCUCAUCUUCGCGUUUCUUUCCGCAAUCAUCACCUGACCCUUGUGUGUUCACGCAUCACCACCAGCAGCCCUCUAACUUCGCAUCAGCAUCCAUUAUUGUUACAGGCAGAGCUCACCGGAAUUAGCCUCACGAUUAGGGACGAAGUGUGAUAGUUAACGCAUUAUCCACCUAUCCUUAGCACCUCUUCGUUUCUUGAUCAGCUUAGUCGUCCAACCAUCUCCGUCAGUCAGACAGGAAAUCAUUACUAUUUUACAUUGACGCUGGGGUUGACUAGUUCCGUUCAGACAUGACACGGCACACGCAUACGCCAGGCACACGAGUACGGCCACAACGAGCUUCUCUCGGCGUGGCAGUGGCUCUCGCGGCUCUCCUUGCAUUAUGGGCUCGAUCAGCGUCCGCUUUCCUCGCACCCCAAGAUCCAAUCCGAGUGGAUUGCGGGAGCGUCGAGGGCAGCACGGACGCCGACGGCAUCAUGUGGUUACCCGACCAAUACUUCGCUAACGGCACAGCCAAGUCCAUCCAACCGACGUACUACGCAGGCGGGCUGCUGAAGCCCGUCGACCGCACGCUGCGGUACUGGGAGGUGGGCGACAGCUGCUACCGCGUGCCGGUCACGCCGGGCAGAUACCUCGUGCGCCUCAGCUUCAGCUACAACAACUUCGACAACAACUAUUACAACCUGCUGCCGCUGAAUCUAGACCCCAGCGUCGGUGUGAGCAUUAACGACUAUUUCGUGGAGGUGGUGGGGAUUAAGGGGCUCAACACCACGGCCUACUACACCGACUACAUCGUCUUUUCGCAGCCGGCUGCAACUACCGGGGAUGGAGCUAAUAACGGGCACGGAAACGCCUCCCAGCAGCAGCACGAAAUCAGCGUAUGCUUCCUCCCGUUUCAAGGCAACCCGUUCGUGAACUCGUUACAAGUCCUCCCCAUGGACACUGACGCGUACUUCGCCUCCACCACCGGUGCCAACGUGGUGCUCUCCAAUUGGGUGCGCAUCAACGCCGGAGGCGCCGCCAUCGGCCCAGAGCCCAGCGGCUCGGACCCGGGCCACCGCACGUGGGACGCUGACGUGGGGACGUCCAAGUCGGACCCGUGGGUGCAGAUGGUGGCGGCCACGUCAGCAGCGGCAGUGACGGUCCCCGCCAGCUGGGAGUCUUUCAGCCUCCCGAGCGACUUAUUCACCACAGCGCGAGUUGCGGGCGGGAAGUCCAAGACGACGGGGUAUAACUUCACAGGUCUUUUCCCCGUGGAUCAAGAUAACGAGUUCAUGGUGCUUCUGUAUUUCGCGGAGAUUGAAGCCGGCGUGGGCGUGGGCGAGCGCGUGAUGGACGUGUGGGUGAACGGCAAGUGGACGACCAUCGAUAUUGCCGAGCGCGCGGGGGGAGCGAACACCGCGCUCGUGUAUUCCCUCAACCGCGUGAAGCUCGGCGGAGUGCCCAACUCCCCCGACGGCCAGUGGCUCGCGGUCCUGCUCCGCCCCGCGGGCGGAGACCUCCGCCUGCGCGCGCCCAUGAUCAGCGGAGUCGAGGUGUACGAGGUGAUUUACGGCGGCGACGGCGGCGCGACGACCGGCGGAAGCGAUGGCGCCGGCGCGGGCGUCGGCGGCGGGGAUACUCAGAUUAGAAUCGACUGCGGUGGGCAGUAUAACUACACGGACUCGAUGGGAUUCGCGUGGUCCGCGGAUUACGGGUAUUCCAGCGGCGCGCCGGCGAUCGUCGUAGAGCCGGGGAACGAUUUCGAGUUCUCCAAGUCGCUGCGGUACUUCCCAUCGGCGCGCAUCAACUGCUACGACGUGCCGGUGCCCAAGGGGCGGUACUUAUUCCGCAUGUUCUUUAACUACGGGAACUACGACCAGCUGAGCGAGACGCCGACGUUCGGGUUCGGAGUCGAGGGCGCGCCGAUGGUCGCGCUACAGCCGGACGCGCCCGGCGGGUUCCAGGAGGCUGUGGCGUUCGUGGAGGACGGCGAGGCGAGCGUGUGCCUUUUCGGGCACAGGGAGGGCGGCGCGAACAGCAACGGGGUGAUGCUGCCGUCGGUGAUUAACUCUAUCGAGAUCCUCCAGGUGAACAAUAACGCGUAUGAAUCGGCGCGGUACGGAAGGGAUCUGGUGCUGUAUGAUUAUUACCGGGUGAACGCGGGCGGGCAGGCGUUUGGGGAGGGGCUGACGGCGGGGAAGGAGCUGGGGCACCGGCAGUGGGGAGAUGAAACGACGUCCGGUGUAACGCUGAGAUGUAACCCCGCGUGCGACAACGAGUUUCUGCCGCAGAACGUGGCGUCGGUCAAGGGCGUCGACGCGCAGCCUGACGCUAUCCCGCUGGAGCUCGUCAAAACGGCGCGCACGGCGCGCACGCGCGCGGGAGCCGCCGCCGGGGCCGUCGCCGCGAAAGCCGGCGACGCGGACGGGUCGGUGGUGGCGUAUAACCUCACGGGAUUCAUGCCGGGAGAAGGCCUCGCGAUCUUCCUGCGAUUCGCGGAGCUGCGCUCCGGCGUGAAAGCCGGCGAGCGCGUGUUCUCCGUCUACUUAAACGGCGAGGCGGUUCCGGCCGGCAAGGGGAUCGACCUGGCCGGGAAAGUGGGGCCGUUUGCGCUGUUUUCGCUGAACUUGCCGUACCAGCUAGCCCCGGAGGGGUCGUGGGUGUCUCUGGAGCUGCGCGCCGAUAAGGGGUCGGCGCUCGCGCCGAUCGUGAGCGGCGUGGAGGUGUAUGGGCUCAUGGAGCGAGGACCGGCCGUCAGCGCCGACACUCUGGCCGCUAUGGCUGAGGUUAAGCGCGCGCUGCAGGUGCCCGAGUCGCUGAGCUGGCAGGGCGACCCGUGCUUCCCGCUGGCGUGGACAGGUGUCAACUGCACAGUGGACGGCAUGGGCGUGGCGCAGAUCGAGAUCAUAUCCCUGCCGAACGUGGCUCUGAAUGGCUCCAUCCCUCCCGCCAUCUCGCAGCUGACCUCGCUAGUAUCACUGAACCUGAGCCGCAACGCUCUUACCGGUCCCAUCCCUGCGGCCAUCACCGCUUUUCCCCACCUCGCUUCACUGGAUCUCUCCUUCAACCAACUGAACGGCUCCAUUCCUGCUGGCAUGGCAUCCAUGCCGUCCCUCCAUCUGCUCUAUCUGAACGACAAUGACUUGGCGGGUGUUCCCCAGGGCCUCGUGCCUGCUCCCUCGGGCCUUACUCUCAGUCUUGCCAACAAUCCCUACCUAUGCGGCACAGACGGCCUCCAGUCAUGCGACUCUGCCGCUGCUGCAGCCCCCCCGGGGACGUUCACCGCCAUUCCGCUGCCGCCGCCGUCCCCCUCGACAUCCAGUGGUAGCAGUGGAAUGAGCACGGGGGUCGUGGUGGGGAUUGUGAUCGCUGCGCUGUGUGGCAUGGCGCUGCUGGUGUCUGGAGGGGUGUUUGUGUGGCGGAGACAGCAGCGCCGGCAGAUGGUGUUUUCUGACAGCGAGCUUAUGCAUCAAAACAUGUUCCCAUACAGCAAGAGCAACACCCGUGGGUUUGAGGAGGACUCUGUGUCUGCCGGGUCAGGCUCGCCCUACGUGCACGUGCUGUGACGGGUGUGUGUGCUGUGACGGGUGUGUGCUGUGAAGGGUGUGUGUGCUGUGAAGCGCCUCUGAAAGCGCUGCCUCAAGACCCGGAGGCACCCUCACUCAAUGGUGCCUGGACAGAACAAGAUGCAAGACGUGUGAAGGCAGUCUGUUUCGCUGCCUGUGGCGACAGCUAGUGGUAGGGUCCGUGAGUCGCAGCAGUAGCAGCGGCGGCAGCAGCAGCGGCGGCAGCAGCAGCGGCAGCAGCGGCAGCAGCGGCUGCAGUGGCAGCAGUGGCAGCAGCGGAUAGCUAGUAGCCUCGUACAGAUGGUGCAGCAGUUACAGGGGAACAGCGGGUACUGGGGGAGCAGCGAGGGUACAGGGGGAACAGUGGGUACAGAUGGUUGGCACAUUCACUCACCCAGUGCAACUGCUGUGGCUGCCCCUCUCUUGAAGAUGUGUGUAGCAGCAGCCAAUAGAUGAUCUCGUCUAGAGGAGGAGGCGGAGGCGGAUGGGGGGGGGAGGUUAGAGGCGAGAGUGCGUGGCGAAAGGCUGGGAGGCUUGUACGCAGCAAGCCAGCAUUAGGAGGGCUAGCAGCUGCCACUGCUGCUGGUGCUGGUGCUGGUGGUAUUAGUUACAUACUGUUUAUUAGUUGGUGCUACUGCUGCGACUGCACUUGUCUCUAGUAUAGUGAGCAGCAGGCGGUAAUACGUUAGAUGGUUGUUGCAGCAGGGUCUUUUCUGGGACAAUCUUGACUCCUGCAGGUGCAUGCGCUGAUCUGUGCAUGUUUGGCUUGAGACAGAUGUAAGAAACUAGAGUGUUUACUACGACAUACGGGUGUCUCUUCUAACACUUAAUAAUGCACUGCUCAAAGU